UGUGUGUGUCAGAUAUAAGACCGGUCUCCUCCGCCUCUCGUUUCAUUCUCCUCAUCACAAACAUGUUGGCGCGUCUCUUCUCCUCUCUUGUCUCCUUUGUCUCCUCUCUCGUCUCCUUCCCUCCACCCUUCCUCCUCCUCCUCGUCUUCAUCGCUGCAGCGCUCGUCUUCCUCCUUAUCACACGCCGGUCCGUCCAUGAAAACAGACCCUCGUCCUCCAUCCCCUGCCUGCCGCGACUACCCGUCCUGGGAAGUCUCCCCUGGCUGGGAGGAGGUCUCCCCCCUCACCUGCUCUUCACCCGGCUGGCCCACAGGUAUGGCUCUCUGUUUGCGCUCUACCUCGGUCCUCACUACACUGUGGUGGUCAACAACCAUCAACACGCCCGAGAGGUCCUGCUGCAGAGAGGGAGGGACUUUGCAGGGCGACCGAGCAUGGUGACCACCGACCUGUUGACCAGAGGAGGUAAAGACAUCGCGUUCUCAGACUACUCUCCUCUGUGGAAGUCGCACCGUCGCCUCGUGCACAACUCCUUCACUCUGUUUGGGGAGGGAACGGGCCGGCUGCAGGACAUCGUUCUUUCCUCAGUGGACAGUCUUUGUGUUGAGUUGAUGUCAGCCGGUUGCCGUGGCUUCGAUCCGUCUCCAGCGGUGACCAGAGCCGUCACCAAUGUCGUGUGCCAGCUGGUGUUCAGCGCUACAUAUCGCCAUGGUGAUGCUGAGCUACAGGAAGUGAUCCAGUACAACAACGGCAUCGUGCAGACGAUAACCAGAGGAGGACUGGUGGACAUUUUCCCCUGGAUGAAGAUCUUCCCUAACGAGUGUCUCAGUAAACUGAAGGAGUGCAUCACUGUGAGAGACCGGCUGCUGACACGUAAACUGGAGGAGCACAAGGCUUUGCUUAGUGACGGUGACCCCUGUGACCUCCUGGAUGCUUUGCUAAAGGGCAAGAGUGAGAGUGGGCGGGGUCAAAAGUCACCUGGAUCCGAGGAGGAGAGGAUAACUGACGACCAUGUUCUGAUGACAGCAGCAGAGGCCUUUGGAGCCGGAGUGGAGACGACGUCCACCACACUGCUUUGGAUCCUGGCCUACCUGCUGCACCACCCAGAGGUCCAGGAGCGUGUGCAGAAGGAGCUGGACGAGAACGUGGGCAGUGAGCGACCGGUGUGUAUGUCAGACCGCAGCCGACUACCAUACCUGGACUGUGUGAUCAAUGAGGGCAUGAGGAUCCGACCAGUUAGCCCCGUUCUGAUCCCACACACUGCCAUGACGGACAGCAGCAUUGGAGGUCACUCGGUCAGUCGUGGGACUCGUGUUUUGGUCAACAUGUGGGCGAUUCAUCAUGAACCCCGACACUGGGACAAACCCGACCUGUUCAACCCCGAUCGUUUCCUUGACAACCAGGGCCAGCGGGUCACGCCCUCCUACUUCCUGCCGUUCGGGGCAGGACCUCGAGUGUGCGUUGGUGAAUCGUUGGCCAGGCUGGAGCUCUUUCUCUUUUUGUCUUCAAUGCUGCAGCGAAUAAGUUUCAGCCUGCCAGAAGGGGCUCCCCCACCCAAUCUGCAGGGGCGCCUGGGUGUGGUUCUGCAGCCAUUACCUUAUAAGGUCGUUGUUGCUCCAAGGGCGGGGUUGGGAGGCAGAAUACAAUUAUAGGGGAGGGGUUACUAGUGAUGCAGAUUGUAAGAAAUGAGAAACGAUUUUAAUUUUACACAAGUUAAAGGACACCUAGUGUUUAAAAUGGGUACUGCAGUCUGAAUUCUAAACAUUGUAGAGAG